ACGUGUGUGAGCGUGAGGAGCAGCACAGGGAAGAUGUGUGUGUGUGUUUCCUCCUGGAUGGAGCGACGUGGUGAAGAGGGACUCACUUCUGACUACAGCUAACAGCCGAUAAAGCCGACUCUCCAUCUGGAUCUCAUACUUUAUGUUUUAUUUAUUUCAACCUGUUCUAUUUUUUUUGCACUUUUUCUUUUUGUUCGCAGUCCGAGGGAAACUUUCACCAUGAUUUCAAACCCAUGACUAAUUGGAGAGGAUUAACUUUUUGGUUUUUUGGACGUGCACUGCUAUUCCCACGUUACUCACGGAUGAGGGUCCACCUGGGCGAGGGGCUUUAGGGACGACAAUCAGCAGAGAGAGAGAGAGCGCGCGAGAGAGAGAGAGAGAGAGAGAGAGAGAGAGAAGGGGGAGGAAAGAUAGUGAGUGUGAGAGAGAGAAAUUCUAGAGCUUAUAUUGAUACAUGUCACACUGACAGCCAUAGAUUGAAGAUUUAUGAAAUAAAAUAUUGACGUGUGCAGGAAAACAUUGCAAAAGUGAGGGGAAGAGGAUAGAAAAUCUGAGUUUGGGGAUUGAAAGGAGCGGGGCAUGAGGAUAUUGGCCAUCAUCUUUUUCCAGUGCAUCUUGAAUGUUCUCAGUGAAGAUCUUCAUUCCAGCUUGUAUUUUGUCAAUGCAUCUCUGCAAGAGGUAGUGUUCGCCAGCACCACAGGGACGCUGGUGCCCUGUCCCGCAGCCGCUGUGCCUCCAGCCACGCUGCGCUGGUACCUGGCCACCGGCGAAGAGAGCUACAACGUGCCAGGGAUCCGCCACGUGCACCCCAACGGCACGCUCCAGAUCUUCCACUUCUCUCCCUCCAGCUAUAGCAAAGUGAUCCACGACAACACUUACUAUUGCACCGCUGAAAAUCCUUCAGGGAAAAUUAGAAGCCAAGAUGUUCACAUUAAGGCUGUCUUACGGGAGCCAUAUACGGUUCGCGUGGCGGACCAGACAGCCAUGAGAGGCGGCGUAGCGGUCUUCAAGUGCAUUAUUCCUUCCUCAGUGGAGAAGUACGUUACCGUUGUGGCAUGGGAAAGAGACACGGUCGCCCUCGUCUCAGGACCUCGAUUUCUCAUAACGUCUACGGGAGCCCUGUACAUCCUGGAUGUGCAGAAGGAGGACGAGUUGUUCAACUACCGCUGUAUGACAAGGCAUCGUUACACCUCCGAGACGAGGCAGAGCAACAGCGCCCGACUCUUCGUGCCAGACCCCACAAAUGCUGCUCCUACGAUCCUCGAUGGCUUUGAGAAGAGAGAGAUCAUGGCCUCGCACAGGGUGGAGCUCCCCUGCAAAGCUUCAGGGCAUCCAGCACCAAAAUACCGCUGGCUGAAGGACAACCGGCCGCUGGAGCCAGACACACGCUUUAGACAGAGCGUGACCGGUCUGCUAAUCGAAAGAGCGCAGGCCAGUGACUCGGGCAGCUAUGUGUGCGAGGUGUGGAACAGUUACGGAAAUGCCGAGGUCAUAGGGCGCCUUCUGGUCAAAGAGCCCCUGCGGGUGGUGGUCAGUCCUAGGAAGGUGAAAGGCAGUGUGGGCAGCCAGGUUUCCCUGACCUGCAGCGUCACCGGUUCAGACGAGUUCGAGCUCUCCUGGUACCGCAACGGUGACAAGAUCAACCCUGGCGGUGACGUCCACAUGAACGGGAUCAACAAAGAGAACCUGGUGAUGGACGGCAUGGCCAAGAGUGACGGAGGAGCUUACCAGUGCUUCGCCAGGAAAGGGAAGAUCUCAGCUCAGGACUUUGUGCAAGUCAUUUUAGAAGACGGCACCCCUAAGAUCCUGUCUGCCUUCAGUGAGAAAGUGGUGAGCCCCAACGAGUUCGUCUCCUUGAUGUGUCACGUAAAAGGGACGCCGCAGCCAGCUGUAAUGUGGACCCUGGACGACGAUGUCGUUGUGAAGGAUAGCCGCCACCGCAUGGGCCACAGCAUCACUGCCGAGGGAAACGUCGUCAGCUACCUGAACAUCUCUCACACGCAGGUCCGUGACAGCGGUGUCUACCGGUGCACGUGCAACAACUCAGCGGGCACGGUGUCCUACCAGGCUCGAAUAAACGUAAGAGGUCCUGCUGACAUACGCCCUAUGAAGAACCUCACUGCCAUUGCCGGCCGGGACACCUACAUCCACUGCCACGUCAUCGGCUACCCAUACUACUCCAUCAAGUGGUUCAAGAACUCCAACCUGCUGCCAUUCAACGACAGACAGCGAGCGUUCGAGAACAACGGCACUUUGAAGCUACUGAACGUGCAGAAGGAGCUGGACGAGGGCGAGUACGCCUGCCAUGUCCUCGUCCAGCCACACGUCUUUAAGAAUCAGAGCGUCCAUGUCACUGUGAAAGUCCCUCCCUUCAUCCAGCCCUUUGAGUUCCCGCGUUACUCCAUCGGUCACAGGGUCUUCGUUCCCUGUGUGGUGCGUUCAGGUGAUCUGCCCAUCUCUAUCAACUGGGAGAAAGAUGGAAAGCCCAUUAAUGUCAGCCUGGGCGUCACCAUCGACAACAUCGACUUCACCAGCUCGCUGCGCAUCUCCAACCUGCAACGGGUUCACAACGGCACGUACACCUGUAUCGCUCGAAACGAUGCCGCCGUCGUGAAAUACCAGAGCCAGCUCAUCGUCAGGGUUCCACCAAGAUUCACCGUCCAGCCCAAAGACCAGGAUGGGAUCUACGGGAAAGCUGUGAUCCUCAACUGUUCUGCUGAUGGAGAACCACGUCCAACUAUAGAGUGGAAAUACUCUAAAGGUGCUGGCGUUCCUCAGUUUCACCCGAUUGCACUAAACUCGGGCUACAGGGUCCAACUGCUGAGCAACGGUUCUCUGCUCAUCAAGCAUGUGCUGGAGGAGGACGCCGGUUACUACCUCUGUAAGGUCAGCAACGAUGUGGGAGCCGACGUCAGCAAGUCCAUGUACCUCAACGUCAAGAUACCAGCCAUGAUCACAUCGUAUCCCAACAACACGCUGGCCACCAAAGGCGAGAAGAUUGAAAUGAGCUGCAAGGCCCACGGCGAGAAGCCCAUCAUGGUGCGCUGGGAGAAGGAGGUGGAAAAGGAGAAGCAGUCGCACAUCAUCAACCCGGAUAUGUGGAGGCACACGGUGACGGUCAAGAAGGUCAGCGAGGAGGUCAUCUCUACUCUGGAGAUCUACCCAACCUUGAGGGAGGACUCUGGGUUUUUUUCCUGCCAUGCAAUCAACUCUUACGGUGAAGACAGAGGCAUCAUUCAGCUUACAGUGCAAGAGCCACCAGAGCCUCCUAAAGUGGAGAUUCGAGAGGUAAAAGAGAGGACCAUCGCUCUCCGCUGGACUAUGGGAUUUGACGGGAACAGUCCCAUCACUGGAUAUGAUAUCGAGUGCAAAAAUAAAACAGCUACUUGGGAAAGAGCUCGCAGAACUCGAGAUGUCUCCCCAACACUGAAUCUGGCCACCAUUAUCGAGCUCCACCCUUCAUCCACCUAUAACAUCCGCAUGUUCGCCAAGAACCACAUCGGGGAUAGCGAGCCAAGCAACGAGCUCAUGGUCACCACGGAUGAAGCAGACCCUGAAGGUCCACCUCAAGAUGUGACUCUCGAAGCGAUGUCUUCUCAAAGCAUCAAGGUUACAUGGAAGGCUCCUCAGAAACACCUCCAGAAUGGCAUGAUCAGAGGCUACCAGGUGUGCCACAGGGAGCACUCUGUGAACGGGAGUCACCAGUUCAUCUGCCUGAGUGUGGAGAGCACGGGCGAGACCGAGACGCUUACCCUGAACAACCUAAAAAAGUUCACGCAGUAUGAGGUGGUGGUGCAGGCUAGCAACAGCGCUGGACCGGGACCUGCCUCCAGUGAAGUGCGAGCCACAACAAUGGAGGACGUUCCCAGCAGAGCUCCAGAGAAGGUCACCGCCACGGCAACUUCUCCUGAGACCAUCUCUCUGUCCUGGUCGACACCUCCCCGAGAAGCUCUGAAUGGUGUACUGCAGGGUUUUCGCAUCAUCUACUGGGCCAAUCUACCUGAUGGAGAAUUGGGUGAGAUCAGAAACAUCACCACCCAGCUGCCCCCCCUUGAGCUGGAUGGUUUACAGAAAUUCACCAACUACAGUGUUCAGGUGCUGGCGUUCACCCGGGCUGGAGACGGCGUGCGAUCUGAGCAGAUCUACAUUCGCACUAAAGAGGAUGUUCCAGGUCAACCAGGCGGCGUGAAGGCGGUGGCUGCAUCCAACUCUGUGGUGUACGUUUCCUGGCUCCCGCCACUCAAACUAAAUGGCGUGAUCAGGAAAUACACAGUGUUCUGCUCUAGCUUGACUCCUACGUUGGUGAGCGAGUUUGAUGCUGCUCCGGACGAAUUCCUCCACAAGGUGCAGAAUCUGUCUCGUAACAAAAAGUACAGCAUCUGGGUGAUGGCAGUAACAGCGGCAGGCCGCGGAAACAGCAGUGAGGUCAUUACGGUUGAACCACUCGCUAAAGCUCCUGCCAGGAUCCUCACUUUCAGUGGCACAGUGACAACUCCAUGGAUGAGAGACAUUGUCCUGCCCUGCAGAGCUGUAGGAGAUCCACCACCCACAGUCAAAUGGAUGAAGGAAAGCGGGAGCCCAGGCCCGGCCAUCAUCGAUGGAAGGCGAAGCAUCCACGGGAACGGCAGCUUCAUCAUCAAGACCGUGAAAGCUGAGGAUUCUGGAUACUACACGUGUGUUGCCAGCAAUAACUGGGGCACUGAUGAAAUAACGUUGAACCUGCAGGUGCAAGUACCUCCAGAUCAACCUCGUCUCACGGUGACCAAAACGACGACCACGUCCAUCACACUGUCAUGGAUACCAGGGGACAAUGGUGGGAGUUCCAUCAGAGGUUACAUUCUACAGUAUUCGGAGGAUAACAGCGAACAAUGGGGAAACUUUGCCAUCAGUCCGAGUGAACGCUCGUACCGUCUGGAGACUCUGAAGUGUGGCACCUGGUAUAAGUUCACUCUUACAGCCCAGAAUGCCGUGGGCCCAGGCCGCAUCAGUGAGAUCAUAGAAGCAAAGACUCAUGGGAAAGAACCUCAGUUCUCCAAAGAGCAAGAGCUGUUUACAAGCAUUAACGCUACCUGUGUGCGACUCAACCUGAUUGGCUGGAAUGACGGCGGCUGUCCGAUCACGUCCUUCACUCUGGAGUACAGACCUCUGGACAGUCCAGUGUGGACCAAAGCCCAGCGUACGUCACUGACAAAGAGCUACAUGCUGAUGGAUCUGCAGGAGGCCACAUGGUACGAGCUGCAGAUGAAGGUGUACAACAGUGCCGGGCUGGCCGAGAAACUGGUUAAGUUCGCCACGCUCAACUACGAUGGCAGCACAAUUUCGCCGCUAGUGACGACUACAAUUAAGGGCCCAGAGAAUAAAAGUAAUAAGAAGAUGAUGGUGACCAUAUCGUGUAUCCUGGUGGGUAUGAUUCUGCUCUUUGUCCUGCUCUUGGUGCUCAGGAGGAGGAGGAGGGAGCAGAGGCUGAAGAGGCUCAGAGAUGCAAAGAGCUUGGCAGAGAUGCUCAUGAGCAAAAACACAAGGCCAUCAGACACGCUGAACAAGCAGCAGCAGACGCUCCGCAUGCACAUCGACAUCCCCAGGGCUCAGCUCCUCAUCGAGGAGAGAGACACCAUGGAGACCGUCGACGACAGGUCAACCGUGCUCCUCACAGAGAAUGAUUUCGGAGAAACUGCCAAGCAGAAAACAACCACAGCGACACACACAGUUCAUUACCAGUCACUGACUCAGGCCACGGGGCCGCUGGUGGAUGUUUCAGAUGUUCGGCCUGGAACAAGCAAAAGCAGCCUGUCGAAUCCCACAGCACGACGAGCAGCUAAACCGGGCCCUGCCGCCCGAAGUCGCUACGCUAGUCAAUGGACGUUGAACCGUCCUCACCCGCAGGUCUCCACACACACACUCAGCACGGAUUGGAGGCUGGGAACGCCGAGAGUACCCGGCUCUGUUGACAAAGAGAGCGACAGCUACAGCGUCAGUCCGUCUCAGGACACAGGUUCUUCAUACCGAGCCCGGAGCAGCAUGGUGUCCACAGAGAGCGCUUCAUCCACCUACGAGGAGCUGGCACGGGCGUAUGAGCACGCCAAGAUGGAGGAGCAGCUCCGGCACGCCAAGUUCACCAUCACGGAGUGCUUCAUCUCAGAUACGUCCUCUGAGCAGAUGACAGCAGGAACCAAUGACUACACGGACAGCCUGACGUCCAGUACGCCGUCGGAGUCGGGCAUAUGCAGGUUUACAGCCUCGCCUCCCAAACCUCAGGACGCAUGCAGGGUCAUGAACAUGGCCGUGCCCAAAGCCCACAGGCCAGGGGGCGAGUUGGUGCACCUUCCACCAUACUUGCGCAUGGACUUCCUGCUGAACCGGGCCGCGUCAGGCCUGGAGCCACAGAAGAGCCGCUCACUGAAGCGCCCGAGCCUGGUGCCGGUGCCAGUGGAGGUUCCGGCAGCCCGGGAGGCGCAGCAGUGGCAGCCCAGCUCCGGUGCCUCCACGCUGCCACAGAGAGAAGCCGGCUCGGACUUGGGUCAGGCUGCCAAGCUCAGCACGUCGCAGGAGUCCCUCUUAGACUCUCGGGGACACUUAAAACAGAGCAGCAAUCCCUACGCCAAGUCCUACACACUGGUAUAACCCAGAGGACAUGGACUGGACACACACAUACCCACACGAACACACAUACACACAGCAAGAACUCAUCACACAGUUGUACAUAGAGGUCUUUCCUCACAGGAGGGCCACUGCCGAUUCCUUACUUUCUUUUAUGCUUUUUUAAACAUGUGGAUUCACUUUUUUCAAAAAACAAACAAAAAAAAGAAACACUCCAGAUGGGAGAUUGCCAACUUGAUUUAUUAUUAUUAUUAUUAUUAUUAUUAUUA